AUGGGAUCAAAUUGUCUGAAACAAACGGUCGAGCCAAGGCCAUCGGCUAAGAAAGCCCUGCCAACUUCUCCCAAACAUCAGUCUCAGAUCCCCUUAGACAUGGAGGAAAGCUGUAGGAUCGAGAACUCCUACACCCCCAUCAAGCUCAUUGGUAAGGGAGCUUUCGGAGAGGUUGUAUUAGUGCAUAAAUAAAGAGGCUGACAAGUACUUUGCCAUGAAAAUAAUCCGUAAAAACCUAUUCUCAAGGCCAAAACACUACGAACACUUAAACACUGAGAAAGAGAUUUUAACUAAGGUAUUACACCCUUUUGUGAUAAAGAUGAAUGAUUGAUUCCAAUCCAAGGAGAGGGUCUACUUUGUCCUGGACUUUGCCUCAGGAGGCAGUCUCAGGUUCCAUUACAACAAGAAGAAGAAAUUCCCUCUUGAUUCUGUGCGGUUUUAUGCAGCCGAAAUCUUCAUGGCCCUGGAGUACCUCCAUAGUUCAGGAUAUAUGUACAGAGAUCUCAAAAUGGAGAACAUACUAUUAGAUGCACAGGGGCAUAUAAAGUUGGUCGAUUUUGGGAUUUCUAAGAAGCUCUUUAAAGCUCCACAGGAGCUUCAAGAGGAACGUACAAACACCUUCUGAGGCACACCUGAGUAUUUAGCACCAGAAGUGAGGUCUAAGCAGAAUUAUAAUAAAAGUGUUGAUUUUUGGAGCUUUGGAGUCUUGUUAUACUCAAUGAUACAUGGGCGUCUGCCUGAUGCAGGCCGAGAGUCGACUAAAGAUUCAAAGCACAAUAGCUUUGCUGUAGCGAUUAAACAAGAUCAUAAUGAAUAUCAGAACAAUCUUUCCAUAGCAGAGGAUUUUGUCUGGAAACUCCUUGAAGUUGAUCCAGAGAUGAGAUUAGGCUCAAAAGCAGGAGAUAUGGAGGUGAUUAGGCAACACCCAUUCUUUGAAUCUAUAGACUGGGAUAAAUGAUUAUCACAAGAACUAGAGCCUCCUUUUGUCCCUGAAUUGGCUCAUGAUUAUGAUACUAGUUACUUUGAUAGGAAGCUUACUUCUCUGACUCUAGACGAAGGCAUCUGCCAAACAAUUGUUAUGGAGUAAUUUUGCAAUAUUUUAAUCUAAUUUUCAACCAUUUA